CAGUCGCGUCCUCCAGGGGGGUGCGAAAAUUCCAGAACCUUCUAGAAGAUCCUAACCUUAUAAAAGCCUCGACGCUGGCGCUCGCGCACUCAAUUUCGAACAAAUAAGCAUUACGUGUACAUUCUCAUCAGCUUUUUUAUUUACGAAAGAAGCUUGUGAUUUUUAUUUUCUUGUAUUUUAGUGGACUUUUCGUGACAUUAGUGUAGUGAAAAUGGGAAAAGACUACUACCGAAUCCUCGGCUUGUCGAAAGGCGCGAGUGACGACGAGAUCAAAAAGGCCUAUCGUAAACUCGCCCUCAAAUACCACCCCGACAAGAACAAGUCCAAGGAGGCCGAAGAGCGGUUCAAGGAAGUGGCAGAGGCGUACGAAGUCCUCUCCGAUAAGAAAAAACGCGACAUCUACGACUCCUACGGCGAGGAGGGCCUCAAGGGCGGCAUCCCCGGCGACUCGGGCACGUCGGCACCUGGAGGCUUCACAUACACCUACCACGGGGACCCUCGAGCCACCUUCGCCCAGUUCUUCGGCAAUGCUAGCCCCUUCGAUGCGUUCUUCAGAGGCAACCAAACAAUGUUUGCAUUCCAAGAGGACGACAUGGACGCCGAUCCAUUCAUCAACAUCACGGGCAGUCGGGGCCCCGGGGGCGCCUUCCGGAGCCAAUCGUUCAACUUCCAAGGCAGUCCCCAGCGAGGCAAAGACAAGCAGGACCCCGCCAUCGAACACGAUCUAUACGUCUCUCUGGAGGAUAUCGCCAAAGGGUGCACGAAGAAGAUGAAGAUUAGCAGAAAAGUGUUACAGCCUGACGGGUCGACGAGGAGUGAAGACAAGGUUCUGACCAUUAAUGUGAAACCGGGAUGGAAGGCGGGGACCAAGAUCACGUUCCCGAGGGAAGGCGACCAAGGACACAAUAAAAUACCAGCAGAUAUUGUGUUUAUCAUCAGGGAUAAGUCGCAUCCUUUGUUCAAACGCGAAGGCAGCGAUAUCAAAUACAUGGCCAAAAUCACACUCAAACAAGCCUUGUGUGGGUGUUCUGUUGAAGUACCAACCCUAACGGGGCAGAAAAUCCCCAUACAUUUCACAAAUGAAGUUGUUAAACCAACAACAGUGAGGAGGUUACAAGGUUACGGGUUGCCCCUCCCCAAGGAACCUUCCAGAAGAGGAGAUCUCAUUGUCAACUUUGACAUCAAGUUUCCGGAAAAGCUUUCACAAUCAGCUAAAGAUAUUUUGUACGAUACGUUGCCCAACUAAAGCAGUUUUUUUCAUUAAUAAUAAGUCAGGCUGUACGUUUUAGUACAAAUUAGUUUAAUCUAUGCUUUGUUAAUCUUAAUGCGACUUGUAUGAUUGUGUAUUGUAUUAUAAUGUAGCAUCGUGUGAUAAUUUAUCUGUUAAUGUAUAAUAAUAAUAAUAAUAAAUUCCUUUUUAUUAUUUUUUCUAA